GGAAGUGUACGUCAUGAGGCUCUCCUGCUACAUGCUACAUCACGUAGCAUCACGUAGCGUACAUUAAAAACAUGACGCACGUCGCGUAAAUUAAACCGCCGUUAUCAUUUAACAGCCAGGGGCUCGUUCAACAAGGCAUUUUACACAAACUAAAAUCAGCUGCACCAUGGCGGAGCAUUUCCACCUGAACACGCCACUGCUAGAGAGCGUCAGCAUGUCCAAACGCGUGGGGGCCACUGUGUACCUGAAGAUGGAGAAUUCUCAGCCGUCGGGCUCCUUCAAGAUCCGUGGCAUUGGACACCUCUGCCAGCAGCUCGCCACACAGUCCAAAGGAGUUGUCUGCUCUUCAGGUGGUAAUGCAGGUAUGGCUGCAGCCUACGUAGCCAGGAAAAUGAGUGUUCCAGCCACCAUUAUAGUUCCCUCCUCCUCUCCUCAGCUGGUGGUUCAGAGACUCCAGGAUGAGGGUGCUACUGUCAGGAUUGUAGGCAAGGUUUGGGAUGAUGCCAAUGCAGAGGCUCUCAGACUGGCAGAGACUGAAGGACUCACCUAUGUCCCUCCAUUCGAUCACCCCCUGCUCUGGCAGGGCCACGCAACUAUGAUCACAGAGGUCGCAGCCUCACUGGGUCCCGGUGUGAAGCCUGGAGCUGUUCUGGUGUCUGUGGGUGGAGGAGGGCUCCUCUGUGGGGUCAUCCAGGGCCUGAAGGACACAGGCUGGUCAGACGUACCCAUCAUCGCCAUGGAGACGGUGGGGGCCGACUGUUUCAACGCUGCGGUUAAAGCGGGGAAGGUGGUCACUUUGGAUGACAUCACCAGUGAGGCCAAAUGUCUCGGAGCAAAGACAGUUUGCACAAAAGCUUUUGAAUACAGCCAACGCAGCGAGUUUACAAUCAUUUCUGAGAUUGUGACUGACCAGGAGGCUCUGCAGGCUGUCGAAACAUUCCUCGAUGAGGAGCGUGUGUUGGUGGAGAUGGCGUGUGGAGCAGCACUAGCAGCUGUCUACACUGGACUUAUACGCAGACUACAGGAAGAAGGUCGACUGCCGUCUCUCCUGGGCCCCCUACUGGUGAUUGUGUGCGGUGGCAGCAGUGUCGACAUGAAGCAGCUCGCCACCCUCAAACACAAACUUCAGACAUAAACUACUGUGUGUGUGUGGAUGCAUAGCAAUAUGUGAUGUGGCCAAUACUGGGCUAAAAAAGUGCACCUACUCAGUGAAUGAUGUGUUGAGGAUUACUGCAAUACAAUACUAGAACUACAGACACGUAUCAUCUCAUUUAGAACCAAAUGUGGUUGAAGUGCUGGUAAUUUAAGAAUUCAUGCUUUUAUUAUUGCAGUUUAAUCUUUUAAUCAUAAGAUAUAAAACUGCAAUGAAGUUUUAUGAAUAAUUGAGUGAGCCAUUACAUGAGAAUAUCUUUCAACCAAUCCUUCCAAUGACCAGUUUUCCCCACAUGGUGGUGUCACAGUUCAGAUUUCAGAAAUAAACCAGCCGUCCAGAGACGGAGGCACAUAAAAGUAAUGUUAAUAAAAAACGAUUUUCAAACAGAUAUUUGUGGAUGUGAUUUCAUCAUAAAUAAAUUGUAUUCAAGUACUGACAGUCUAAAGCAUAAAAAAUAUUUUUAAUCUUAAUUCAUCUGACAACACUACAGCCAAACAUUUGUGCUUUUGAGUCAUCAUUUCGUCUUUUUGUGAAUACGCUUGCAGCUUUUGGUUGUUUUUGCAGUGCAGCAAGUCUUCAGACUUUAAUGCUCGAUUGUUCCAUGUCAUUUCAGAUUUAGUUCAGUCAAUUUGUGUUACAUGUAGGAAGUUAUUGCUAUGGAAACGGCGCCUCACUGUCCUGCCUGCGUCAGAGAAGUCAGUGGAAAGUGUUGCAUUUAAUAACCUGUUGAUAGUCUUUGCCUGCCUCUUAACUGUUGGAUGGUUACAUAAGAUAUUAAGUUCACAAAGGGUGGAAGCAGAAAAUGGACAUUGUAAUUAUUUGUAUUUGCUUGUAACAUUAUAAAGCAGCAUAAAAUGAUUUAUUGACAAUAAAAGAGAGAUUCAUCUUUAAAAUUUAGGAAAUAAGAAAGCAAACAGAUGAACGGUACAUCUUCACUCUGCAGUUUGACUUCAUUUGAAAAAAAACAUUUAGCAUAAAGCCUGAAAAUAACAAACAAACUUGAUCUACAGGGGACAGACAGUGGGUUUUGAGUUGCUUUGACGACAUCAUUCUACUCCUGUUUGCUAUCUUUACAUCAAGGACUUCAAUGAUUUAAUGGUCCUAUAUUAUAGAAAGUGAUAUUUCCUUUUUUAAUUAUAAAGAGGUCUAUAAAUUCUGUGAAAAGUAAAAUGCUCGAUCCACAAAGAAAGGAAGAAACUGCGCUCUCUACUUUCUACUACUCUUUGUGCUCCGGGUACGAUUACCCAUAGAAGUACAUAAUGUUUUACGGCACUAAGUUACAUGCCACCAACUGUUUCACUGAUUUUAAUUUAAUCUGAAUCAGAUUUUAUGGAGAAAAUGUCUUUUUGUCCCUCUGAUGUCCUCCAGCUGCUCUGUGAUUUACAGUCGUCUGAUGGACAAUAAACUGCUACGAACUAUAGCUGCUGUUAGUUAAUGUUAGCUCAGUUUGUCAGCCUCUGAGUUCAAAACACCCUGUGUUGUGACGGGGACUGGAGCCAGUGUUGUGCCAGUAAAACACAUGUAA